UCCGAGUCCGCGGUUUUAUAAAUCGCUGAUACGUAAGUAGCUGCUGCAGGAUCGCAAAGCUGCACAAGCUCAAAGACGGUGACCGGUUAACGCUGUUAUGUAAACGUCGCACGUUAUCGGAUUACUCAAUUAUACCUUUGUUCAGUUAUCUUUUUUCGCUGUCUACCAAUAGCGGGGUAGCCGUUGAACCGAACGCAUCGUACGCAAGUGAGUAUCGCGUUAAAAAAAAUUCACCAUUCCAAAGUGUAUGCGAACUAGUCAAGUCGAAAUCGCAAUGCAGAUCAAAGGUAAAAUCGCACUCGUAACAGGAGGAGCAAAUGGCAUUGGUCUCGCCUACGUUAAGGCGCUCUUGAGUAACGGAGCAGCGAAAGUGGCCAUUCUCGAUUUGGCAAGCUCGAACGGCGUCGAAGUCGCGAAAAAUCUGAACGCGGAAUUCGUUCAUGGAAAGGUGAUCUUCGUCGUGGGUGACGUGACGAAGUCCAAGGAGUUGGAAGCCGGAUUCGCAAAGGCUUUCGAAGAAUUCGGUGGACUGGAUAUCGUGAUAAACAAUGCCGGGAUAAUGGACGACACGAAAUGGGAGCUCAUGGUUGACAUCAACUACAACGGAGUCGUGCGCGGAACUUUGCUGGGUCUAAAAUAUAUGGGGAAAAACGAGGGCGGCAAGGGAGGCACCAUUGUCAACGUAGCUUCGAUCGUUGGCGUUAUGCCGUCCAACAUUUUCCCCAUUUAUUCUGGGACCAAACACGCCGUUAUCGGUCUAACCCGAUCCUUCGCUGCACCAGAAAACUACGACCACACAGGCGUUCGAUUAAUGUCGAUGUGUCCGGCCGUCACGGAAACCCAACUUAUAACCAAAAGUGUCGGACGUUCGUUGAGCAUCAUCAAAACCGAAUUGCUAAACGAAACGUUCAACGAAAUGCAAUCAACGGAAAGCGUCGCCAAGGCUAUGAUGCAGAUUAUUCGCGAGGGAGAAAACGGCAGCUCUUGGAUCGUGGAGAACGGUGAACCGCCCUUUGAGGUCGACCUUCCUGAAAGUUCUGAAAAGUUUGUGCGAAAGGUUAGAUCAGCCCAGUCAGGUGUGAUCGCAACGUUAGAUUAUAGCGAUAUGGACGUCAAAGGAAAAACUGCACUCAUCACUGGUGGAGCCAGUGGAAUAGGCUUCGCCUACGCGGUGGAAUUAUUACGCAAUGGAGUUGCGCACGUGGCGAUUCUGGAUUUGGCAAAUUCUAACGGCAACGAAGCGGUGAAAAAAUUGGAGAAGGAAUUUGGAAAGGGGAAGGCGAUAUUCCUAGUCUGUGACGUUACAAAUGCCCAACAGCUUGAAGACGGAUUCGCCAAGACUGUCAAGGAAUUCGGUGGACUCGACAUCGUGAUCAACAACGCUGGAAUAAUGGACGAUUUGCGGUGGGAACUUGAGAUAAGCAUCAACUACACUGCCCUGGUUCGUGGAACGUUGCUGGGCAUGAAGCACAUGGGAAUAGACAACGGAGGAAAGGGAGGAACCAUAGUGAACGUCUCUUCGAUCGUUGGUGUAGCGCCAUUGAUCAUCUUUCCGGUUUACUGUGGUACAAAACAUGCCGUCAUCGGUCUAACUCGAUCGUUCGGGCAACCUUAUUACUACGAGAAAACCAAGGUCAGAGUUGUUGCAAUCUGUCCGAGCAUUACGAACACGCAAUUGAUGACCGAAGCCGAAGGAAGAACCGUCAAAGGCACACCCUACACUGCGCUUCCCGAAAAACAGAGAGCGGAACCUUUGCAAUCGUUAGUAUCGUUCAAGACUUUGUCGAAAAAGUUAGUCAAAAUUUUGUCCGGAUACAAGUCAAAUAUUAAUCGCGAGCCUGACGUGAAUUUUCCAGAAAUGGAUAUGAAAAAUAAAAUUGCUCUGAUCACCGGGGGAGCCAAUGGAAUAGGCUUUUCAUACGCUAAAGAAUUCUUGAGAAAUGGAGCUUCGCACGUGGCGGUUCUCGAUUUGGCUGAUUCGAAAGGUGAAGAAGCGGUGAAAAAACUGAACGAGGAAUUUGGAAGCGGUCGAGCGAUCUUCGUCGUCUGCGACGUGACAAAGUCCGAGGAACUGGAAGCUGCGUUCGCAAGGAUUGUCAAGGAAUUUGGUCGACUCGACAUCGUCAUCAACAACGCUGGAAUAAUGGAUGACUCGCGUUGGGAGUUAGAGGUCAACAUCAAUUACGUCGGCCUGGUGCGUGGAACGCUGCUUGGCUUCCAGUACAUGGGAAAGGACAAGGGUGGUAAGGGUGGCACCAUAGUCAACAUCGCUUCAAUAGCUGGUUUUAUCCAUGCUCCAAUGUUCCCGAUCUACGUGGGUACCAAAUGCGCGGUCAUCGGCUUGACUCGGUCGUUUGGGCAUUCGUAUCAUUACGACAAGACUGGCGUUCGACUCUUGGCGAUGUGCCCAAGCGCCACGGACACACAGCUUGUAACCGGUGCCCCGAAGCGAACCUUGGACGUCGUCACCCCGGAUGUGGUGACGGAAAUAUUGAACACUUACCCAUCGCAAACGGCGGACAGCGUGGCGCAAGGCAUGGUACAAAUUAUACGUGACGGAAAGAGCGGCAGCGUUUGGCUCGUCGAAAACGGGGAACCGGCGUUCGAGGUUGACAUUCCCGACGAAGUGAUUAGAAAAGUUUUGUAAAAAGGGGAACGGAACGAUAAUUGUGACCAUUUGAAUUUUAAGCAACAAUUAUAAGCUGAAUUGUAUUCCACUUGGAUUGAAUAAAUAAAAUUAUCGUAUACACAGA